UGGCCGCUUGGUGCCCCCCUUGCCACGGCCGCCUGCCUGGCCCUGGGCUGCCAAGCCCAGCCGAGAAGGCUCCCGGUGGCCGGGAAAGCCGUCUUCAUCACAGGGUGCGACUCCGGCUUCGGCAAGCAGGCUGCGCACCACUUGGACGCCCUGGGCUUCACGGUCUUCGCCAGCGUGCUGGACCUGCAGGGCGCGGGCGCCAGGGAGCUCCGGCAGAGCUGCUCCCCGCGGCUCACGCUGCUGCAGAUGGACCUGACCAAGCCGGACGACAUCCGGAGAGCCCAGCAGCUUGUGGUGCCCCAGACGGUGGGCACAGGGCUCUGGGGGCUGGUGAACAACGCGGGCUUUGACGACACCAUCGCCGACGCCGAGCUCUCCCCGCUCUGCAAGUUCCGCACCUGCAUGGACAUCAACUUCUUCGGCACGCUGGAGCUCACCAAGGCGCUGCUGCCUCAGCUGCCCCGCAGUAACGGCGCGGCCGCGUUUCCUUCUGCCCCAGGCGACAUGCCGUACCCGUGCCUGGCCGCGUACGGGGCCUCCAAAGCUGCCCUGACCCUCCUCAUGGACACGUUCCGGAAUGAACUGAAACCCUGGGGGGUCAAAGUCAGCGUGAUCCUCCCCGGCUACUUCAAAACCGGUAGAAGCUGCAACCCGGUCUACUGGCAGGAGAAGAAGGAGCAGCUGCUGGCCAGCCUGCCGGCGGCCCUGCUGCAGGACUACGGCGAGGAGUACAUCCACGAGAUCCACAAGCAGUUUGUGCAGUUCAUGAAGCUCGCCAACGAGGACCUGAGCUUGGUGGUGAACAGCAUCACGGACGCCCUCGUCUCGGCCCGCCCGGCCCCGCGCUACUACCCGGGGCAGGGCGUCUGGCUCAUGUACUUCAUCCACCACUACCUGCCCUGAGCCCUCA